AAGCAGAAGUGCUCAACUUCAGAGGAAAUGGAGCAGUAUGGACACUACUCCCAUGUUCACUUGAAAGAAUAUUUGAUGCUGCAUAUAUUUAUUUUUGAUGGAAGUGUUAUAGUGAAGAACCAUUAGUUUAUUUGAGUAGCAUUCUUCACAGCAAUCUAUACAUUUUUUUUAUUUCAUGUGUUUAGUAUUGAACUGUGAAUAUGGUCAUCCAUUAUUUCUUGAGGGCAAUCUCAGUUGCAAAAGAAGUCCUUGGUGUAUGGAUCUGAGACAUAUAAAGACACAGUUAUAUUGCCAGUUUGCUCUUUGCUGAAACUGGUUCUCAGUCAAUUGUACAGAUCUCCCACUGUUGUAAAAGGAGAGGUGACUUUCCUUGUCGAUGCACUAACACAUCUAGGCUUUCAUUCAAUCAAACUACCUGCAGAGCCUGUGGAUGUUGGGGGCGAGAGAGCUACAAGAGAAAUGGUGAGCAAAGAGCCCAACCACCUGCUUACAGGCCAAACAAACGGCAAGAGCACAUUGGCAGACAAGUUGCCUGGGACAAUGACUGUGCGCUCAGUAUUGCUCAAUCGAGACUCACCAGAUAUUGAGAGCCGCCUCAAGCGCCGCCGCAACCGUACCCACCAGGUCCGCUUCAAAGACCUGGAAGAUGGCAGCAGCAGCAGUGGCAACAGUGGAACAGGAGAAAAUAAUAGCCAUCAAAAGCAUGCCAUAGACUGUGGCAGCCCACAUCCUCUUCGUAAACACAGCAGCAAAUCCAAACAACCAUGGAUGGCCAGGGACAGCCCACAGACCGAUGGUCUCCCUGGCCAAACCUCCGUGGUGGGAGCUGUGCGUGGGGACAUGGCAAGCACCAUAGAAGUGGUGGCCGCUUUUUUAGCCAGGGCCCCUCCUCAUCCACUGACACCGGGUCCAACUCGUCGAUGCUGGGCUCCACCACAGACUAACUCCUUAACCUUGCCAAUGACACGCAGGCCCUGUACAAGCACCAGCACAGCCAUCCAGACAUCCCCAUGCCUGAAAAAGCCCCAGUCCCUCUCCUCCACCCACACACGAAGCCACAGCCUCGGGGACUCAGUUGGAGUAGAUGGGGACGAUGAGCAUGACUCUCAAGAUGAGUACCUUACACACAAUGUGAAGCUGCCUGGGUCCAGGGACCAGAAUGGUCCACCUCGUCCUGCAGAUAGAACUGUUGUGGAACGACGGUCUAAAGCCUCCAGGACAGACAUUAAAUCAAAUGUUAGUGUGGUAAAAAACUCAAGGCACAGCUGCCCUCCUUCAGUCCUUCACAGCACGGAGUCAUGUCACUGUUCCUCUGUAUCUGUACGUGAUGGGUCCAAGCGGCAGGGAAGCAGCACUCCCUCAUUGGUAAGGAGGAGAAAGCGGCUAAAUAGGACAACAAGUGAUCCUGGAAAGGAGGUGCAGUACUGCACCACUCCAACUCAGACUGAAACCCCCACUCUGUUUCCACCGCUUUCAAAUACCAAACGCUGCACCUCUCAAGUUCAAACUGAGAGCCCUUCUUCAUCUCAAACUUCAAAGUAUUGCACCACCCAAAGUCAAACAGAGAAUCAACAUCAGCCUCCACCUGUGAGUGAAAAACGAUGCACAACCCCAAUUCAAAUCACCAACACUUGUCCAGCCGUCCCUUCCAGUGUUGAGCAGUGCACCACUCAAAUACAAACAGACACUCCCUGUCACUCACCUCCGGAGAAACAACCCUCAUCCACCCAGACACACACUCACAGCCCCCGUGCUUCCCCACCACUGACAGUAUCACCCACCUCAGUGCAAAUUCAAUCUGAGAGCCCUGUAUCCCCAACUGCAACUCAAGACCCUCAUACAACCCAAAUAACGAGUGUGCCUUACUCUACUUUUCCCCUGCCUACAGGUGCACCAACACAGACUCCUGAACACCACUCUAAGCCUCCCCCCUCCUCCCCAGCCAAGUCAGUGUGCAGGACCUCUCCUCUGCCCAUUGCACUGUCUGUUCCUUGCUCCACUUCUCCACCUAUUAUAAGCCAACACCCUAUUCUCCAAUAUGCUGUGUCAACAACAACCUCUUGCACAGCUGUUGUCUCCACUCCUACACCUCCAUGCCCCACUCAAAACUGCACCUCUUCUAUCCCAAACAUAGAAUCAUCCACUCCUCUAAUCUGUUCUACCCCUACCCCAACUAAAACCCCAAAUAUAACUACAUUUGACUCUAUCAGACAUCUAACCACUGCCCCAAAUGUAACUCAUCAAGCUUCACACAGUGCACCAAACACCACGCCGCCUUCAAAUCUAACUCCGUGCACAUUUGUAACUCAGACUGCCAUGUCUUGCACCUCCAUUUCAUAUUAUACUACCACACAUCCAGCUGGUCCCCAUGCUCCUCAGCCAAAUUGUAUUUCACCUUCUUAUGCGACUUUCGUACAAACUGUAUCCCAUUGCAACAUACCACGUCAAGUCCUGCAGAAUACCUCCUCUGUCAACCCAGGCAUUACCCCCUACUCUGCCCAAGUCCCAAAGUCUUGCACUUCUCCACCGCUACUUGUGAAAACGUAUACAUCAAAUCUUCCAAAUGGACAAGUGUGUGCCACACCAACUAAAGCUGUUCCUUUAUACUCUUCCACAUUUCGUGCUGCACCACCCUACACCCCCCCCUCUCAGGCCUCCUUUAAUGCUCAGGAUAAGAGGGGCAUUCGACUUCCACCUCCUCCCCCACCACCACCACCCUACACACCUCGUAAAAAUGGAACUGAUCCACAAGGUCCUGCAAUUCGAACACCCAAGCUCAGGGCAGACAGCAAGGCCAAUGAAAAAGAGAAAGACAGUGAGAAGGAGAAAAAGGAAGAUGUAAAAUGUACAGACUCACCCAAGCUCUGUGAGCCAGCCAGCUCUCUAAAGCACAGAGCUCAAACCCCGCCAAUUCCUGUGAUUAGGGGGGAGAAGGAGCCUUCCUCAUCCUCUCCUGCCAAGGCCUGUUUUAAGCCCAGCUGUCUCAGCUCAGCUCAAGCUCAGCUCGGGGCACUACAUAAAAUGCUCUGCUCAGGAGCCAGUCCCAGGCCCAACACUCCCAACAGUCAGCACCCUCUUCCUCCAAACCAACAGAGUUGCUCUGGAGCCAAGGGUUGCUCUGCUUCUGGGGACCAGUGUACAGCUGGGCCCUUGACUUCCACCCAGGCUGACACACUGAGACAGGUCCAGGAAAUUCUGGGAGGGUUGGUGUCUGGGGCCAGGUGUAAACUGGACCCCGCCAGAGUGACAGAAAAGCUCUUGAGUCCCAAUGGGCCCCUGCAUGAUAUUCGAAGCUUGCAGAACCAGCUCCACAGCUUGGAAGGGGUCCUGGAGACCAGCCAGAACACCAUUAAGGUCCUGCUGGAUGUGAUUCAAGACCUUGAGAAGAAGGAAGCUGAGAGAGAUGGAAAGUUGACUGACACUGUGACAACUCUCCAGAAUUUGAAGAACUCAUCUCUACCAAGCUGCUGUUCAACUCUUCAAACUCAUCAGUAGCUGAAUAAACGUGCCAAUGCAGUUUUGUUAUUGACUGCAGGGAAGUUUUCCAAGCCGUUAAGGACUGACACUUAAAAAUCAUGGCCCAAAGUUAGCAUCUUGGACGGCUCAUUGCACACAAUGUAGACACAGAGCAACCACAUUAUAACAGUCUGAUUGUAAAGUAAAAGUGUAGUCUUGGCUGAGCGUAUAUGGGGAAACAUAUACAGGAUCACUAAUAUUGUUCCUUGCACCACAUGUCCAAGGUGGUGUUCAAAGGUAGCGUAGAUAGAUAGAUAGACAGGUAGAUAGAUAGAUAGACAGAUAGAUAGAUAGACAGAUAGAUAGAUAGAUGGAUGUUUCAUUCCUAGACAAUUAAUUUAUUGAGUAAGAUUUAGACUCUCUUUAUAAUCUUUGCUGCAGCUUGUCUAUUUAUAGUCAAUCCCGGGAUUGUGAGCAUCUUAAAUCCAGUGUGGUGACAAUGAGAGGGAAAAGGAGAUGCAAAUGGACAGUUUGGACUGAGAUAAGACAUGAGAUAGUUAUUUUUAUGUAGUCUCUAGUCAGUCCCACAAGCCUCACCUUUCUGUAUGCUUAAACAUGUAUGUCACGUCAUACCACAGUGAGACUUUUGGGAGACUGGCUGCACUGACUGUACAGUAGUUGCUCUUGUGUUUAUACCCAGCAGGCAGGUAGAGAUAGAAAUCAGCAUAUGACUGUCAUCAUGUUGGCGGAUUCAGACGCUCCAUGCCUCUUAGUGUAAAGCUUCUCUGUUCUCAUCAAGUCUUUAAUCAAUGUGCUUCCUACAUCGUAAGCUGCUUAGUAAUUUCUCCCACCUCAUCACUCCAAAAUAGUCCAUGAUGUGGAUACAAGAAAACAGCAGCAAACAACAGCCACAGAGAGAUGCAUCUAGGCUUGACUGAAAUCAGAACAGUUAAAACCAAACUGUUUUACUUCGCCGACAUUUGAUCGUGUGCAUUGCAUGGACCUCCGUCUCACGAAGUGACAUAACUUGCGUGCCAAGAAAGGCACGAUGGGAAUACGGCUAAUGCAUGCAGACACGACUUUUACCUCAUAAGCAUUAUUUUAUGCCUGAAGUGAUAUGGUGACUCAUGGUUUACGUAACAGCCUGUUGGAAGGGGUAGAGUUCAUUAAAAAUGAUAAUGGGGGUCAUUGCAGAGAGGAGAUUGGUAUGUUUGCAGGGACUUGUGUGGCAGUAGUUUGGUUCAACAAGGGAGAAGAUACUCCAACUGUGUCUCUGUGGGCUGGCACACACACACACUCACACACAACAUCACUCUUUUACCCCUGAUAUGUCAUUUAUGUGCUUUUCAACAGAAGACAUUCAUACAGAACCGGACAGGACAUUGAAAACUGCGGGACCUGCAGGGACUGUGCCUGCAUCAU